GCCUCCACCAUCGCGCCCGAAGAAUUACGUCAAAAGUAGAAUUGACCACCGCGCAAGAUACAACAUAACCUGGCCAACAUGCACGCAGACGGGUUUAGAAAACGCCAGACUGGCCAAGAGCACCCUGAGACGGCCCAGGCGCCACCCCCGACGGGAUCGAGGGGGGGGCGGGGAAGUGCGCCCCGCUCGGCUAAUUCUAAAUGCCAGACACUACCACGAACGGCAGGGGGCGGAAGGGAGAAGGAGGAGAAGGAGGAUGAGGAGGAGGAGGAUCGCUCGGACUCUGAAGCGCCCACGCCCAGAGGGUUGGUUGGUCGAUCAAAAUAUAUUCCGCAGGAUCUGGCCGAACCCUGGCUCGCUGGCGGCGGCGGCCACGGCCGAGACGAGCUCGCCGUCGACCUCGUCAAAAAACAACCCGAUGUACCCAACGAGACGUACUUCGACGAGCGAAACCGACUGCGGAAGCACCGGCACAGUCGAGUGCCAAUGUCGAGUGAACUGGUGUAGAUUUCAUCAAUCGACUUGCCUGGGUGGACGUCCUCUCAAUGCCCGAAGAUCGGGGAUCUCUGAGACCCCGUGGCUCUGGAGGAAGUGUCGGGCGCCGCGGCCGUUCUAGAGCGCUCUGGGACGCUCUGAGAGCGCUCUGGAACGCUCUAGAACGAUUCAUCCUGGUCCUGUGGGGAAACCAGAAUGUACCGAUACCGCUACUCCCCAGACCUCUCCAGGGGUGCGUUCUGACCAAGAUUUCGAGGCGAGUCCAGUGGUGGCAACGAAGGCCUCCCAGGCGAAGGAGGGGUAUUCGCGGUAUGGGUACCUUUUCCUCCUCUGACCCUGGGCCUGCCCGAACUUUCUAAGGCCGCCCGAUCGCGCACCCGCACUCCGCGAAGCAGCCUUCCUGGCACGGCCCAGCCUUGCCCUUCCGGUCGAGCAGGCGCCCCCCGGCGGAGCAGUUGGCGUAGCACUCGUUGGCGUAGUCUUUGCAGUCGAGCCCGCAAACCGGGUCCAAAAUGAACUGGCACAUGCAGUCCCACGAAUCGGCAUCUUGCGGCAGCGUGGUCGUCCAGGUGGUGGCGUCCGCGGCGCCGCUGGGCUGGGCCGCGUCGGCCCUGCGCGCGGCCGAGCUCUGCAGCAGCGCGGAGGCCUCAGUUUCGCUGGCCUGGCACGUGCUGUCGGCCUCGCAACCCUCGUCCGCCAGCGCGCGCGCGGACAGCGCCAGCGCGGGAGCCAGGGCGAGGCGAGCCAUGCCACUAAUUCGUGUUACUGGGGAGCUUUUGAGGCGCAAGGGCCCAGAACGCUGUAAUUGCCUUGCCUGAUACAGGGGGGGGGGGGGCCGUUGGCCAGCAAAAAGAGCUGGGUCAAGCAGCUCGAGCCAGAAU